AUGGACGUCAUUGGACUCACAAUAACAUUGGCGAAUUGAAGCAGAAGUUUGGCAAAUGAUUCCCAGUUGUCAAUGGGGAAUUACACCUCUAAUGAUCCUAAAAAAUUGUAUUAUAGGGCAGUCGUGGAUAAAUUUCGCUUUUUGGUUUCUAUAGCAUUUAUUUUGUGUUUCUCUUCUGUCACUUUCCUAUCACAAAGAUCAAAAUUAAUUCUUGGUUGCAUUAAAAUUUUUGUAGGAAAAUAUAUACAGUUCCAAAUUAAGAAACAAACUAGGGUCAUCGGGGUCUUUAUUCAUGGAGUACAACAGAAUAGAAUGGUAAAUUGUAAAUUGGUCGAAGAGCCCAAUAGCUUCACUUAUGGCUAACUCAAAAUUGAGCCCGCGGAAUUCCGAGGUGAAUGCUUUGGAGCAACGCGGCUACCUGAUUGGUAAAAAAAUUGGGCAAGGGUCAUACGCCACUGUUCACCUGGCCGAAUAUGUGGACGGAACGGGUGGGAAGAAGAUGAAAUUGGCGUGUAAGAUAUUCGACAAGGAGCGCGCACCCAAGGACUUUCUUGAGAAGUUCUUCCCUCGCGAGCUGGAUAUCCUCACCAAGAUCGAAAACGCUCAUCUCAUACAGGUGCACAGUAUAUUACAGCGAGGGCCGCGCGUUUUCAUUUUUAUGCGAUAUGCGGAUAAUGGUGACCUUCUGGACUUCAUCAAACGAAACGGAGUUGUUCCUGAGCAGCAGGCCAAACUGUGGUUUCGUCAGAUGGCCAGUGGACUCCAGUAUCUGCAUAAUAAGAACAUCGCACACCGUGAUCUUAAAUGCGAGAACAUCCUCUUGUCGCGUCGGUUCAACGUGAAACUAGCCGACUUUGGAUUUGCCAGAUUUUGUGUCGAUGAAGAAGGACGCCGAGUGCUUAGCCAGACGUACUGCGGGUCGGCGGCAUAUGCCGCCCCCGAAGUAGUCAAUGGAACUCCCUACAAUCCAAAAUUAUCGGAUAUUUGGUCAUUGGGCAUCAUACUUUUCAUAAUGCUAAACGCGUCGAUGCCAUUCGAUGACUCCAAUCUUCGAAAACUGCUCAAGGAUCAGAUGACACGCAACUGGGUAUUUCGUACUAGGGUAAGGGAUACUAUUUCGUCAGCCGCAAAAUCAAUCGUAAGACAUAUACUCGAGCCGGACAUCACGCUUCGGCUCACUUUGGAGCGGGUUAUUUCUCACGACUGGGUGCGGGCGAGAAAAGAGCGAGCGAGCACGCUUAUCGGGCGUCUUGUACACCCCCACCAGGGGCAGGAGUCUUCAGCGUCUAACGGACGCAGUUAUGAGGAGGAACAGGCGAUUGCUGGAGACCACAAGAAACCCGAAACCAAGAAGAGCAAUACCAUGAUCAGCAUGGCCAGGGAAUAAUAGCACCAAGGAUUUGCAUGCAGUAAACUCAAUAAAUUUCAAUACCGAAACCUUUAGAACAGCUCAACGCCUAUUUCUCAGGACAAAUUUAUGGUACCGAUAAGUGUGAACAUUUGCAUAACUAAUCACACAACUCAUUGUUAACACACAAAUUGUUUUAAUAAUAAUGCAACAAAUUUUGGUACAACUUA